GAUCUAAUGAGGUGUUGUUUUCCCCCCGUGUCUUUCAGAUGUGUGAAGAAGGGUGUAACGAUAGAGUUAUCUACUCUUCUGGGAGAGAACCCUGGUUCAAUCUGAAUUCAACAUGGUAUGACCCAGCUGGAUCCUGGUUGGACAACCGCCGCAAACCAUUUCGCUAUGUUGUAAACACAGCCUGUGUCACCGGUUGCAACCGCAGGGAUGAUGUACCGAGAAGAGGAGGCCACAAUUACCGAUGCUACGGCUAUCGGCGCUCCACCUGUAGACAAGGGGGAAACCCAAGAGUGACCUGCUGUGUCCACAAUCCUUCGGGAGGACCCCGUGAUUACUGGGGGCGUCCAAUAGGCGAUUCGUGCGAUGGAAAUACAGGGGGGCACUAUUCUAAUGAAGAGUCGUUCUGCUGUGGAUCCGGUGGUGGAUCUGCUGGUGGAUGCGGAGGUGGAUCUGCUGGUGGAUGCGGAGGUGGGCAAGGAGGGGCAUGUGCCCAGCCAGUUGCUUCAUCAGGAGGAUGUGGAGGAGGACGAGGAGUGUGCUCUGAGCCUGGAUGUGGAAGAGGACGAGCAGUAUGCGCAGAACCUGGAUGUGGGAGAUCUUCAAGAGGGCUGCAAACCUCUGGGGGAGCAGGGUGUGCUGGGUCUUCAGGAGGAUGUGGAGGAGGACGAGGAGUGUGCUCUGAGCCUGGAUGUGGAAGAGGACGAGCAGUAUGUGCAGAACCUGGAUGUGGGAGAUCUUCAAGAAGGCUGCAAACCUCUGGGGGAGCAGGGUGUGCUGGGUCUUCAGGAGGAUGUGGAGGAGGACGAGGAGUGUGUUCUGAGCCGGGAUGCGGAAGAAGAUGAGGAGUAUGUUCUGAGCCA